AUGGCUACCGAGGAGGAUAUCGCUUGGUUUAGGUCCACCUUUCAUCCUAUCCCGAAACCACAGCUCCCAGAUGACUCGGUUGAGUACUCCGUUUAUCACAUUCCUUCCCCCGCCCCCGCCGUUAUCGAUGAAGCUGCCGAAACACGGGCGCGAUUGCUCGAGGUUCAACGCACGGCAGCAGAUCUGACUAAAGACCUGCUUAAAGACUACAUUUGGCAGCGGGAGGCCUUUCGCUUGGAGAUUAGCAAGGAAGAUGGUAUCACUUCGCUACAGGGACACACGAACUACGGCGACUCGAUCGAAGACGAAUGGUUGAUUGUGUACAUCCUCCGUGAAUUGACCAAGCGACAUGAAGACAUUUGGGUGAAAGUGGGGGACAGCGAUGGCGAGUUUCUUCUCAUUGAAGCUGCGGGGACACUCCCAGCAUGGUUGGAACCAGAUGUCGCAGAAAACAGGGUGUGGAUUCAUCAAGGAGAGCUCCGAAUCAUCAAGCCCAAGCAGGAGACGAAGAGAACGGUCACCGAGAAAAUAACUCUCCAGGAAGCACGAAAGGUCAUCCAAGAAGAGCCAGGCCGGCUCCUGCACUCCUCAAUCAUCCAGGAAGAGGCCUUCUACCGACUGCGCAACUACCCUCGGCAGAUCAACGAGAAUCUGCACUCCGCCAUCGUGACAAUUCCCCGUAAGGUGGCUUUUCUUCUUCACCAAAAGCCAGCUUAUAUUUCUCCCUCUGUAGAGGCAUUCUACAUCCGUGAUCCGAUUGCCCUACGACCACUCCGUGCAAAGGACGCUUCCGGGCUCGUGUUUCAGCCAGAUGACUUGGUCACCGUCAGUGUUCGCUUUACUAGGGUCGGAUAUGCACAACUGAAAAGCCAAGAUUUCCCUGUUCCAAGCACUUGGAUUGGUAAUUUGCCAUCAACCGAUGACCAAGAAGCAUAUACCCGCGCGGAAACGGGUAUGAAGCUGGCAUGUGGGUUCGAAAUGCUGCUCUACGAUCCUCAAAACCAAGACAAAGCCUCGGUCCGGGAAAUGAAACUGUUGCUCGAGGAUGUGGACACUGGGGAUGAGAAGCUCCCCACGAACGAGGAGAUCGACAAGACGUGGGACAAGCGAGAAGACGACGAGAAGUGGCUCGACAUCAACUUUGAAGAUCUCGACCGAGAACUCAAAGGGAAAGGCCAGGCGAGGGGAACCGAGGCCGGCAGCUUUGGCGACGCUGGCGCCCAAGCAAAUCUGCAGCGGAUUGUGGCUCGAUUUGAAGAGUUCUUGAACGAUAAUUCCGCUGGUGUCGACGGAGCCGACUUUAUCGAUGACUUUGGAUCAGACUCCGACGUCGAUGAGGAGGAUGACGAGGAGGUUAGUAGCGACGGGGAAGAUAAAGAUGCAUCUUUCGACGAGGAAGAAUUUUCUCGGAUGAUGAAGGAGAUGAUGGGCAUGCCAUCUGCAUCUGGCCAGGAUUCGUCCCGCACAGCGCCUAUUCGCAAUCGCGUAGAAGAACUGGACUCGAAACUGGAAGAGGACGACACGGAACAGAUUCAGGAUCUGACCCGACAAAUGGAGGCCGAACUACGGGGCACCGGUGUUCUCGAUCUGCACCGGCGCCAGCAACAGUUGUCCGAAAAAGAAGGCACCUCUAAAGAAAAGACGGCUGAGACCUCUGGUCUGGUUGACGACCUGGAGAAUGAGGAUGAGAACGUGAAUAUCAACCUCGCCAAGAAUCUGCUGGAGAGUCUCCAGGGCCAGGCGGGUACCUCGGGGCCGGCAGGGAAUAUGCUGUCGAUGUUGAAUUUGCCUAUCCCCAAAGACGACCGUCGAUGA